CCCGAACAACGUCAUCCCGGUGAGCAUUUCAUGUGUAGUGAAUCUGCUUGAGGCGGCGAUGAAGGAGCCUUCCGUCCGCGAAUUCGUGAUCACGAGUUCGCUGGUCUCUGCUACGCUGCCUGUGCCGGGAAAUACUACCAGAGUGGAGAGAGACACGUGGAACGAGAUGGUUUUGGAGAUGGCGUGGGCGCCGCCGCCUUAUGAAGCUGAGAGGGGUGGGAUUGUGUACGCAGCGAGCAAAGUCGCUACAGAGAAAGCUUUCUGGGACUUCGUCGAAAAGAGGAAACCGCACUUCACGGCCAACGCGAUUCUCCCUCCCAUGAUCCUGGGCGAGCCGCUGCACAAAUCCCACGCCGAGGUCAAGGCGGCGUACAUCCGCCAGCUGAUGACGGGCGACACUGCUUUCCUGGAGACGAUGCCAGCAACUGUCGCCGUCGACGUCAAAGACCUCGCCCUCCUCCAUAUCGCGGCCAUUCUCGACCCCUCUAUUCGCAACGUGCGCUUCAACACCUGGGCACACUUUUGCAACUACAACGACAUGCUGCCCAUCAUGCGGGCCCAGCUUCCGGAGCGCAGGUUUAUUGAUGAUAUGCCUGGUCUGACGAAGCUGAGUUUGACAACGGAUACAGAGCAGCAGGUGGAGCUGUUGAAGAAGUGGGGCACGAAUGGGGGAUGGGUGAAUUUGAAGCAGACGGUGGAGGAGAAUUUGAUGCCAUUGGCGGAGUGGGGAUAUUGACGGUGGAAUAGAUGAAGAGACGAU